CCCACGCAUGGCACUUGUAGUCGCGGUGUUGAGCGAGAAGCAGCUGUUCGACGCUCAUGCGCACGUGUAUGUAUGUGUGUGUAUGCACGUCCCACACAAUCAUACAGGUGGAUACCGGUGUGUUAGUGAUACCUUCAUACUGUUUGUUUCGUAAUGUUAAAUACAUAACGAUCCUUGAUUCGGGUGGAUUGACUGACAAGACGAGAGUUUAGUUUGUAAAACGAGCGAAGAAGAAGGAGAAAUACCAUAAAGAUUUGAAAAAGAAAAGGGAGAUAACAUGUGUGUGUUUAGCGACGUGGAACUUGUGUGAUGCCAUGUACAAAAAACCCGAAGAGGAACGUUUGUUAAUGAUAUAAUUACAGUAUCGAAUGACGAGAGAAAGGGAAAGCUGAAAGGAAAAUAAAUCUAACAGACCAAAAAUUGGACAUGAUAGUGUUAUUAACUGUAUGAUGACACACUUAGAUGUCAUUUUCAUUAUUCAAAGAUUCGCUUCGCGCGGCAGAUCUCCAGAUAGGAGAUCGACGAUGGCGAGGGACACGGUGAAGACAUCGAGCUGCUGUUCGGUCGGCUGCCGGUACUGACAAAAGGGCCGGGGGAACCUGCUGUGAAGUCGAUACAGCCAGGAACGAAGGCGCUGUCCAGACGUCAACAUAAGUCAGAAUCACAUCAACCGAGUAUUCAUCUUGCGAGAUCUUGAUAUCAAACGCAUGAUCCUCACAUGUCCUGGUUCCAAGAUCCGGAAAUAACAGUCAAUAUUUAGAGUGCAAAGCCAUCCACCGCCCAUUUGUCCAAGAUGCCGGCCGUGGUUGUCGGACACGCGGAAGGCGUCGGGAGCGGGUGCGGCCGACCUGCUGACGAUGAGGACCUCCUCCUGACACGUCUCCGGCAGAUGCAGAGUACGCUGCGCGAGUGCCACUGGAGACUCGACCGAACAGAUCGCUGGGCUGAGUCGCUCUUUGUAAAGGGCGAGAAAGAGGAGGCGGGAAAAGACCUCUCGGUGCCUUAUUUAAACGGGAAAAAAGACCCUCUGGAUUGCGACCCAUGUUUCAGGGGAGUAGACGUCCUCGUAAGUGUUUGUGAUGAUAAAAAACCUCGACGGACGGGACUGGUAGUCCGAGAGGGCGUGUGCAAAGAGUCGAUCAUUGAAUCCGAGGUGGUGGAGGAGCUGGUGCUGAGGAAGGAGUGGGAAGACGGAUUUGAUGAUUAUGAUGAUCUUUUAAUCAAAGACGCCAAUCAGAGUGAAGUGGAGGACACCAAAGAUGCAACGAAAGAGGAAAAGGAUCUCUCGACGACGAAACCGAGACUCGCACGCCAAAACUCGUUGGACGUGGAGGACCAUCACCUCACUGCUCAUCCGCCAAAGUCCGGGUCGAACGAACAAUGUGUUGAGGACGUCGAGGUGAACGGAAUCCAGGAGAUGCCAAUAGCAGAGGAGGAAAGGUCUUCGCUUCCUCGGGAUUUUGACGAGAACGAGAUACUACGUUUCUUAAAUGCAAACCAAGUUUCCUGCGAAUGUGAAAUCGAGACGAAGCCUAGCAAGACGCCAGGAUUAUUAAAUUGGAGAAAGCUGAAGGGAGGCAUGCACCAGGCAAGCAUCCUUGAGGAGAGUUUCGACUUAAGCUUGAACUUUGCUCUCUUCAAGCAUCUCGAUUAUGUGGAGGAAACACUCGAAAAUCUCAGACUCCAAUUUUUUACCCUGAAACACGCCAUCAUCACCCACAACACCCCGGGGGACUCAGAGUUCGAUCUCGUUUUCCCGGACCGCUGGAUGGCAACCGACCAGAAGGAACCUGAACCCCAAGAAUCGGAGAGCAGGAGAAAACCCACAUACCAGGAUCAUACUGGCAAAACAGGACCUGAGGACCCUGCAGAUAACGAGGAGUCUGAACACCUGAAACCCGAAGCUCAAACAGUCCCGGAACCUCAAAACAGAAAUGAAUUUUCCUGCAGUACGAAUGACAAAAGCCAAUCGACUGAGGAAAUGGACGAGGAAAGUGUGUGUGCGAACUCGGCCACCCAAGAAAAGACUCCAUCCUCGGUUUCCGCAGAAGAGAAGUCAGAAGGAACGACUUUUAACGCAGCGGAGGACAAGGAAAAGAAACAAAGAGUUCUCAUCGACGCCAUGCGGUACGAGGACUUCCAGCGAUGUUUAAUGACAGUGUUGGUAGUGUUCAUCCUUCUCCUGAUGUUGCUCCUCCUGGCCUGCUACCUCCUCGCGGUCGUGCCCUUCGUCACCGUCUCUUACAGACACGCUGAGGGAACUGCUGUGUUUUGAUCUCCUUUCCCAAGGGUGGAGAAAUAUACCUCGUCCUUUCAGUUUUUAAUGACGCAGUUUCAUGAUUUCACAGACACUGAUUUGAAAUAUGUAUUCCCAUAUUUUAGAUGAUCGUUAAAUGGAAUAAAUUAUUAAAGAAAUGUCUUGUU